CUUAAAAUUUCAAAAGACAUGAAGGAAAGAAUCGGACCUGUUUGAGCUUGCAACGGCUACUUGCUUAUUCCUUUAUAUAAAAGUACAAAACGCAACCAACCAUUACCUUUUUACAGCUUGGCUCCCCCACCAACCAAUCAGAUCUCCAUACUUUUCUUCAACUUUUUGUAUCAAUAAAAGCUACCAGCUUCCUUACUCAUGAAUCAACCAAAAAAAGCUCCACCUGAAAGCCCAUGGAAAUGCACCAGAAGAGAUUGCCCAUUCUGCACAAGUUGGUAGCCAAAGCCAACAAUCUUCUUAGAAUCUCCAUCUUACUUACCAAAAUGAAGAAACCCAUGAUUCCAAAGCUCAUUUUUAUCAAGAAAUCGAGAAAGCUUAAGAGGUUUAAGCCACUCAAGCACAGCUAUGGGUUCCUUGGAGAGUACCAGUUUGACUCUGCUUCAAGUACUCCUUUCAUUCAUUCCUACAACAGAAGACAUGAGCUCAAAAGCAGACGCAUCCAAGAUAUAUACUCGAUGCUGUUCUGGUGCAAGUGUUUUGGUUGCUUGAAAGCCCAAGUAAGAGGAGAAGCAGAUUGCAGAUUGGCAUUGGAAGCAGAUUUGGCAGAAGCUUCCAUUGGAGGGGAAUUGGAUUUAGAAGAAGAUCAAGAAGAUUCAGUUGAUAAAAGGGCUGAGAGAUUCAUUGAAAGGUUCUAUGCAGAGAUGAGGCUUCAGCGGCAGGAAUCAUUUUAACUUAAUUUUUAAAAAUUAUUAUUAAUAUUACAUUUUUCUUUUAUUUUAAAUAUUUGUUUUUUAGUCUGAUCUCCACGUGGCCUUUUUCA